GGUCUGUUUGGUCUUUGUUUCUCCUCUUGGUCUGUUUGGUCUUUGUUUCUCCUCUUGGUCUGUGUGGUCUUUGUUUUUCCUCUUGGUCUGUUUGGUUUUCGAUUUUCCUCUUGGUUCUUUGGUCAAUUGAUCUUGUCGUUUGGUAGGCCUGAUACUUUUUGAAUAAAAAUAAGACGUUGUGACUGAACAUGUGAAGGUCAUUUUCUUCUUCAUGAAGCCCCUGUCUCGAGUGGGCUGACCUUCGGUCUGGCACCUGUUGGCUCUGGCAGAACACCUGAGUUCAGUCUGAGCUGGUUCAGGUGGGGCCAGUCUUACUUCUGCUUCUGCUAGGGAGCAGCCUCGCUUAGACCCAGCGUUGGCCACAAAAGCCUGAGUGCCUGGCCAGAGUCCCUUCCCCUCUCAGCCUGGGAGCUGACUUGGCUUCACUUCAUGUUGGCGGUCAGUCCCCAAGACCACUGAAAUCUCUCUCCAUUUUCCCAACCUCUUGUCUGUGACCUGUGAACUGCAAAUGCCUCAGGAAGAAAAUCCAAGAAAGUAGUGGUCCCUGCUGUGCCCCCUGUGAUGGGUGAUGGGGACUUGGUCCCUCAGGCUCAGCUCCUGGUGGGUCCUCUGUCCCUCCAGUGGAGAUUGCAUUUGUUAACCAGGGUCCUCAUUUUUCUCAGACAGAUGGUCAGUCUGAUAAGAGCCCACUCCCCCCAUGAAGAAGCAGAACUCGACAGAGCAUUUUAUAUGGUCUAAGGAAAAGUGUGAAACUGGGCCACAGGGGGAUGGUAGGAAAAGCAGGUGCCCAGGACAGCGGGUGGCAGGGAAAUGGAGAGGCGGCCCAAGGAGGGCUAAUGCCAACGGGCAGUCCUGGCUCUGCAGGUUCAGAACCUGGACCCGCAGCCCAGGAGGCUGCCUGGUGCCCCAGCAGGGAGGGCACAGCCCACCAUCCUGGCCUGGGGAUGGAGGCCUGCUGCCCCCAGGCACAGGGACGGGGUAGACAGGGCCACAGGGAGGAGGCAAGGAGAGGUGGAGGGAUGAGGACCUGCGCAGGGCUCAGGGCAGGCUCAGGCUGUCCAGCUCCACACAGCCGUGAGGCCCCAGGCAGGGCACAAGGCGCCCUGGACUCUGGGUGCUCAGUACAGGUGCCUAGCGUCCUGCAGUGAUGACGAGCCCUGGGGAGGGGUGUGAGUCACAGGUGACACCUCUGUGCCCAGGCUUCCCUCCAAGGGAGACAGGCCCAGAAGCUGCUGUCCAGUGGCUGGAGGGUGCCCCAGCAGCCCAGGGUGGCCAGGCUCCUCCCACACACAACACCCCAGCACUCACUGCUCCCGGAACCCACUCCCGCUCCAGGGCCCCGACGCUGGCAGGACAUUAACGAGCUGGACAGCCUCCCAGGUAAACAAGCAUCCCUGUGACGGCCAGGAGCCGGCCCAGCAACACAGAAGGAGAGGCUGUGGGCUGGGCACCACAGGGACCAGGCAGGUAUAAAAGCCAGAGCCCAGAGCUCCCCACACACACCCACACUCACCCACACACCCACCCACACACCCACCCACCCUCCUCCAGCACACCCACCAUGGCCGCCUCCACCAUGUCCGUCUGCUCCAGCUCUUGCCCAGAGUCCUCCUGGCAGGUGGACGACUGCCCAGAGAGCUGCUGCGAGCCCCCCUGCUGCGAGCCCAGCUGCUGCCAGCCCAGCUGCUGCCAGCCCAGCUGCUGCCAACCCAGCUGCUGUGCCCCAGCCCCCUGCCUGUCCCUCCUCUGCACCCCAGUGAGCUGUGUGUCCAGACCCUGCUGCCAAUCAGUCUGCAUCAGCUCCUGCACCCCCUCCUGCUGCCAGCAGUCUAGCUGCCAGUCUGAUUGCUGCAGCUGCUCCCCCUGCCAGCCGUCCUGCUGUGUGUCCCUCUGCUGCAAGCCCGUGUGCUGCAAGCCAGUCUGCUGCAAGCCUGUGUGCUGUGUGCCUGUCUGCUCUGAGGCUUCCUCCUCCUGCUGCCAGCAGUCUAGCUGUGAGCCCUCUUGCUGCUCCUCUUCCCCCUGCCAGCAGUCCUGCUGUGAGCCCUCUUGCUGCUCAUCCUCUCCCUGCCAGCAGUCCUGCUGUGUGUCCCUCUGUUGCAAGCCCGUCUGCUGCAAGCCUGUCUGCUGCAAGCCCGUGUGCUGUGUGCCCGUCUGCUCUGGAGCCUCCUCCUCCUGCUGCCAGCAGUCUAGCUGCCAGUCUGACUGCUGCAGCUCCUCCCCCUGCCAGCCGACCUGCUGCGUGCCCAUCUGCUGCAAGCCCGUCUGCUGCUACAGACCCUCCUCCUGCGUGUCCCUGCUCUGCCGCCCCGUGUACAGGCCCGCCUGCUGCGAGCCAGUCUCCUCCUGCUGUGCCUCCUCCUGCCAGCCCAGCUGCUGCCGCCCGACCUCCUGCAUGUCCCUGCUCUGCCGCCCCACCUGCUACCGCCCAGCCUGCUGUGGUGUCUCCUUGGGCCAGAGGUCCUGCUGCUGACCGGCCAUGUCCCCAGGCCAGUGGGCUCAGGCCUAUCCCACAGCUGGUCCCCUCACAGCUCCCCCAGUGUGCUCCUGAGCAGGGUUAGGUGACUGGGCACCCCCUAGGACAGUCUUCCCUAUGUCCACUAUGCUGACCUUCCUCUCCCUCCUGCCUCCCACAAGCCCGCCUGUCUUCGUGCCACCUGCCCUGUCUACCACCUGUCAUCUUCUCAGGGCUCAAUAAACUCACUCUGAUCACCUGACUUCCCUUCCUCUCUUGCUUGGGGGGACACAGGGUGGGAGCAGACCUCAUUCUCCUCCAGCCAGGAGCAUUUCUAGGCGUGAGUGACUUGGCCUGGAGAUCAUGAGGGUCAGUGCCCAUGUCCCCUGGGUGGUUCACUGGUGGCACUCAGGGCUAGGCCCAGGAGGACUCAGUCCCUGCCAGCCCUGAGCCCAGGUGAGAACUGGUGGGUGCAGCUUCUGUCUCUCUCCCCUGGUUGAGGAUGGGCCCUUCACCCAGUGCCCCCCGCCCUGUGUGGCUCGCUCACAUGCUGGCGGUCACUCGAAGGAUUGCUUUCAUCGCUUGUCACUUGGGGCUUCCAAGCAUCCUCUCUCUGGGUCCCUGGUUGGCUGCUUCUACUGUGGACGUGCCAGGAACCAGGUGUCCCCUCUGCUCUCAGCACUGUCAGAUGUAAGAGGACCAAGCCAGGACAGUAGAUUCUGCUAAACAGGACACUAAUUUAAAGCUGAAGACCUCAGAAAGCUUUUCACUUCUGUAAAACGCAGGUGCAUGGGAUCGGCUUAAGGCUUGACAGGGGCAAGUUCUUGCUAAAAAUAGAUUAGUAUAUACACACUUAUGCACACACUCUGUUUUCCUAUCUGAGUCACCUUUCAGGUUUAAUCACCUUAAUUAUGCUAGGCUAAGCCAUAGGAAUCUCAGUUGCAGAUGAGUAUAAUUCAGAAUACAUUGUUCUCAAGUGACCCAAGUUGGAGGGGAAGGUUCAGAGUUCUGAGGUCACCACCGCGGAAGGCACUGUCCUUGCUUUCCUGCUGAAUGCACAUAAGGCAAUCCGCCCUCCGAAGGGUCACAUGCACGCAGUUCAAUUCCGGGGCAUUGAUUUCGUGAGCACUAGAACGGGGCAUCAGCACCACCCACCUCCCAAGCUUUUCUUCUGGCAAAACCCAACCCUUAUCCCACUUUAAAUGCUGGCCCCUGCUUCCUGCUUCCCAUCUCCAUGAGCCGGCCCCUCAAGGUGCCUCAUGCAAAUGGAGCUCCUGACACCUGUCCUGUGCCUGGCUUCUGUCGCUCAGCAGGAGUCCUCAGGACGCCUCCCAGUGCAGCUUGUCAGAAUCCCCUCUAGUCUAAGGCACGUGGCACGCCACCGUGGGCUCUUCACUCACCUGUGGGCCUCACUGACCUUAUGGCCACUGUGAAUACUGCCGCCACAACGUGGGUGUAGGACACCUGUAUCAACUCUUCAGAGUACUGCUGGGUGGGACAGCAGUGCUGCCAGGCAUCUAGGACCCCGCAGGCUGCUCUCCGCCUAGCACUCUGUUCUUACCAACAGGCUGGAGGGUUCCAGUGUCCCCACCUCCUCACCAACAGGAGCUGUAUUUUGAUAGUAGUAUCCUAAUGCCCAGGAGGCAUACUUUGGUUUUAUCUCACCCAGUAAUCCUGGCGGAGGCCCUGCACGGGUCAUCAGUCCCACCCCUCUCCCGGGCCGCUGAGCCCUCCU